AAUAUCUUUUUGUCACCAUUCAACCAAAAACUUCCAUAUGGAGCUUUAAGGCCGGCCUUUCACUCUUGAAGUUUUCCUAGUUUACUUUCAAUAGUUCAAACAAAUUAAUAUUUUUGUUCACAAGCAAACUCAAUAAACAAGUUAAACCAACAUGUUACAACUUCAACUAUAGACUUGUGUGCAUGAUUUAUAGGUCUAAACACAAAGCUUUCUAUGUGUUAACCCCGUUGAGACAUGAAUUUCUUGAGUGAAGAUCAAAUGGCAAAUUACAAGUCUCCACAUCCUCCUCCGAGCUACAUGUGGUGGGUUCAUGACGAUUAUGAGCUUAGCCAAAUUCAUUCCAGUGAACAUUCCAUCAAAAACUUCUCUCAAGAAACCCCAACGCCAAUGUCAAGUCCCAUAAAUGGACCGGUUUUCCUCCCCGGAUCCUCACCAGAGGACAGAGCAAGAAUUGGGAAUGCCUCACCAGAGACGGUGAGUCAUGUUGCGCUGAGAAUAUAUGAGAGCAUGAAGAGGCAGGAAAGGUGUUAUGGCAAAAAUUACACCCCCAAUUCCGAGACAGGGCCUUUCAAGGCUCAGUUUCAAGGCAGGAACUCAACAAGGAUACAGAUUCUUAAGGGAGUUGAUGGCUACAUCAUGCCAGGUUCUCUGGCCCUUCUACUUGGUCCACCAGGCAGUGAAAAGAGUACUCUUCUUGAAGUUCUAGCAGGGAGAACCAAAGCAAGCAAGAAUUCCAGUUUGAAAGGAGAAGUCAUGUACAAUGACAAAUAUGCAUAUGAAGUUCAUCUUAGCCGACUCACUGCAUACAUCAGUGGCCACCUCAACAAGUAAGUUCCCUGCAACUUGCAAAAAGAUUUUGAAACUAGUUAGGAAAUUUCUAUAUCAGUGUUAUUACAUCUAAAGCAUUAGGUAAGGCCAAUAUAUAUGGACUGAUUAUCAGAAGAAAUCAAAACAAGGGAACAACAUUCCUGCUUUUCAACAGGAAAAAACAUCUCUACAUAUGUUUUGAUAUUAUGCACAGAUCUGUCCAAUUUUUUGAAGCUCAAUAAAAAUUUUCUAUAUCU